AUGAGCUGUUUAAACACCUUGAGGCGUCAAUCAAUACUUAUCGCUCUUGAAGCAGGCCUACAGAAGCUUCGCGAGUACUACGCAAAGACCGAUCAACCCGAGGCUGGUAAUAUAUAUACGCAUAGCACUAUCCUCGCACCGAAGGAUAAGUUACAGUACUUUAAACGCAAGGAAUGGUCUGAGAAUAACACCCUUCUAUCUGAAGCUUAUACACAAGGGUCGGAGCUUGAUCGGUUACUCGAAGAUGAAGGUGAAUCCAACCUAGACCGGGAUAAACUUGCACGGUAUCUUCAAGCCGGUGUUAUACGCACUACCCCUCAGGCCUUCUGGAGAGACCAUCAAUUUAAAUAUCCUACCCUCGCACGGGUAGCCCGCGAUAUCUUCUCUAUCCCCGCUACUGGUGCGGGGGUAGAGAGGCUAUUUAAUUCAGCCCGCGAUAUUUGUUAUUACCGCAGGGGUCGUCUGAACUCAACCACUAUCCAGGAUCUAAUAAUAUUCUCUUGCCUUACUCAGUUUGAGAUAGAAGACGAACAGCUUGAACUAGCUCGGGCUCUAGAGGUCCCUGAAGAAGGUGAAAAUGAGAAGAUUUCACCUACUUUAGAAGGGAUUGAUCCAAUCAGUGAUACUGAGGAAGGUGAGGAUGAAGCGAGGCUGUCUGUAAGGUGGUUUACCCUCAAUGAGCCAAGUACGGCAUUCUGGAAGGGUAAGGAAGGCGCCGAGGAUACAUAA